AUUUCCCUUCCCUUGCUGGCAGUCAUAUUACAGGCAGUAUUUCGCUGUCCGUCUUGACACGGUCUCAUCGCCUCAGCUGAGAGAACCUUGACUGACACCUGCUGUCGAAGACUACCGCCAAUAUGAGCGAUUCUUCGACCGGCGAUAUGGUCAAGGACCUGCACAGAGAUCUGGUGGGGAAAUACAACAAACACGCAGCUGCGGUGGAGCAGUACUGGCGGAGCUUUGAUCAGGGUCGACGAACACAAUGCAUCAAAGCCGGUGCAGCGGGAGGCGUCGUUCUCAAGCAUCCUCUGGAUCGGUCCCUGGGAAAUGUUUACAAAAUCAUCCCCGAAAUCAAUCUGCGCGAUAUCACGAAUCCCGAAUCUGAUAUUCUCUUGGAUCUCCUCAAACACCGUGCCACAACUACCCUCCUCGAUCAAUACAUGACCGGUCUCAAUGGCGGCCCUGGUGAUCACGCCUUCAUAAAACAGAUGAUGGACACCAGAAAUCUCCACCUCGAUGAUCCUGACCCGAAUGGCUUCACCCUUUUCCUGGACGAAGACCGGUAUGGUCAGACUAUGACGAUCAUGCGUGAAGCAUCCCAAGUUCGGGCUGGGCUUGCACCUGCCAUCAGGGCUAAUCUUUGCGUUCCUCAAGAGCUCGGCGAACUGAUACUGCAACGACAACUGUAUGUGCUCCAGAGUCUCAACAUUGUCAUCGAGGACAUCUUAGACAUCGGCUCGAGAACGAGGGAUCGGAAGAAACCAUCCAAGAAGUCUGAUAAAGCCGCGACCACUGCCCUUUCGAAACUCAGCAUUCAAGAGCCAGCCAAAAGCCUCUCGAUCCCAGAUCUUAUCACCAGCGCUGCGGACCAGAAAGCUACGCUUGAAGAGUUCUUGACUUUGCUCUCCACGGAGCCUGUCGUACUUACCCACGCUGUCAACCUCUGCUUCUUUAGCCGCCCUGAGCUGCUUCCUGAUGAGAAGGGCCGUAUUUUGCCGGUCCAUACCGACAAGUACAUCAGUGGUGCAGUGUUGGAGGCAGUGUACAACGCCAUCAAAGCAGUUGCCAUCUGGAGCUAUAUUGGUCGCCUCCUCGACCUCUUGGUCUCCCAGCCCGCCACGGACAAAACAUUCAGAGCCAUAAUUCUUCAAGAAAUCUCCAAUGUGUGUCACCUGGAAUUCAGCCGCGCCCAAGCUCUCUUCAAACGUAACGUCCAAACAGCCACUGGAGUCAAGUGGUUCAAGAGGAUGUCUAACGUAUACGACAAAGCCGGCAACGCACGCGUGACCAUGAAGGGUGACCCCGAAAGUUUGACGCGGACUGAUCCGCAGCUCCACUACAUGCUCCGCCUUUGUCAGCCUGAGAGUGACGCCUUGAAGGCCACGGAAUGGAUGAAGAAGUUGAGCGACCUUCAUAAUGCUCAUCCUUCCGAGCGGGAGAAGCUCGAAGAGAGAGAAGCGGACUCACUCGGCGACUUGGCCGUCAUCACAUCCUUCGUGCAAGUCCUGUCGCCAUCAAUAUCUAUGCCCUCACUCUCUCGCAAGAAAAACCAGAUGUUUGUAGCUCGGUCCCAAGAGCUCGACGCGGAAAUGAACGAACUCAAGUCUAAGAUUGAUCUACGAGACUUCGUUGUCCCAAUCGAUAACCUUCUUGAACCCCGGGUGGCAUCGAAAACACUCACUCUCCUGGAUCACUUCAUCAUCGAAAAUGCUGGCACCAAAAUGGGAUUUCUCUAUCAAGAUCUGAUUGAGGAAUGCCUCGCCGAGAUUGAGAGGCAGUACAAGCUAGCAAAGGACCGAACGGAGCAGAAAAGACCAGCCGAGGUAGAACCCACUCCGCCACCUGUGCCAGAACCGCGAGAGAAGCGUCUUGAGCAACGCAAACAGAAAGAGAAGACCCGGCCCUCUCAUUCUUCUGUCUUCGAAAUUGUCGCAACCCCUGAGGAGGAAGAGCCUCUUGAGGAAGAGCAACCCACAAUCUUCAAAGUUCGAGCAUCCACAGCCGAGGUCUUUUCCACCUUGUUUGCCAAAGCAGAGUCGCGUGGCAGUGUGAGCUGGACGGCAUUCGUAUCGGCCAUGACCGACUUGGGGUUCUCCGUGCUGCCUAAGACCGGCUCUGUGUACGCGUUCCUCCCUCCGGAGAAUAUGCACGUCAGCAAGUCGUUGACACUCCAUCGGCCGCACAAAUCAGAGAUUGAGGGUUAUCGUGCCAUUCUGUACGCAAAGCGCUUGCGGAAAGUGUACGGGUGGAAUGAAAGGACGUUCGAAGUAGAUGAGUGAGGAUGUAGAGGACAGUCAGCGCUCACGAACCGGUCUUUUUAUGGAAUAUUAAGAUAUUGCCGACGCCAUUCCAAUCCGACGUCAGCUGUGGCAGCUGUUGUACCUGAGAGGAAUGACAACAACUAACGAAUGACAAACCAUAAAAUGAAAAAUCGGAAUUCGUUGCUUGAUAAGCGCUCGCUCCAGGCAAGCUAACCUGAUAGAAAUCCCAGUACCUUCCUUCAUGUUGGAAUCUUCGGCUCGGACUCUGCGACUUGUGCAGACUCUUACCAGAGUCUCUGUGGAGGUAUAUCCGUCAUCCUGCCGCUCUUGGUGCAUUUGUUUAUCACACACAGGCACGUCCGCGAGGACGAGAGUCUAUUGUCGACCAAGUUCAACCACGGCACUCAGGGCCGGUCGCAGGCCGAUAACGGACGCUGUGAGCUGGGCGUCAGUGGAGAAGUGAUAUGAAGACUUUUCACUGGACCUCUGUACCCGUGCUACUGCGGGCGCUCCAUGCUUCCCCCACAGACAUGAACUCUCCCCCAGUCGGUCUGGGAUCCCGACCAAAGGAGAAGUGCGCCAGCCAGAGAGAGGUCUUAGCGGUCUCGUUCCGACGCAGGAGCGUGGACAGAAACAGAGCCCAUGACCGAUUAGAAUUCAUGCCGUACCGUCUUCCAGCAGCACCUUGGCAAAAAGGCCGGAGG